CGGCUCGGGGAGCCUGGGUGCUUUGGCCCUGUCCGGUGACAGGAUGAGUCGCAGCCUUGAUCUGUCCGCUAGCGAGGUCGAGAGGCUCCGGGAGCAAGCACAGAAGGAGGUCGACGCGAGGGUGAGCUCGCCGGACUUUGACCCGGGCUUGGCGCGAAAGUCCAGCAGGGGCGUCGUUGGGGUGCUGAACAGUCGGGGCGUAUCCGUGCUCAGCGGCGUCACGACCGACUCGAGGUUCAAUAGCAUCCUGCGACGCGAUGCGUCCCACCCGAAGCAGGCGAAUGGCGGCAUACCUAGAGGUCCUGCGCGAUCGACAUUGGGCAGCAACGCGGGCCCCCCGCCUUCGUGGUUGCCAAAGCACCUGACUACACCAACCCCGCUCUCUGCGCAGUCACCUCCGCGUCCAGGUCCAAGUCAUGCUCCCCCUGCCGCACAACCUCAACAACGGCCACCCGCGCAACCCCAUCCUCAGCUCCAGAGACGAGUCACACCUCCGAAGCUCGAUACACUACCGAGUGCGGCACCGCUGGAUCGGUCGAAGAGCCAGCUCUCCCCGCGGAAACUCCAGAAGUCGCCGAGUGAUGAUGCCCGGAGGGAGCGGGAGAAGCAGCUCGCGCACCAGUCGUCGAUAAGUGAAGGCUGGGUAUGGAUCAACGUCGAGAACGCCACCCCGAGAGGGUCUGGCGCAGGUCAGGCGAAACGUGCGGCAGGACCGAGUUCAUUGGGUAAGACUGCUGUGGACGGUGACGGCAGGACGCGGAAAGGCAGCC